CAAAAAAGAUAUUAUAUGAAGUGCAGGAUAGGGGGACUAUAAUGUCUUCGUGUUGUAGUGGGCAUAUAGGCGGCUAUCUCCAAAGUAGACUAGCAAAAGAAAGUGAGACUUGGUCUUCUUGGGCACAAUUUGGUUUUGGAAAGCGAGUCGUUGUUUGGCUUCCUUCAUUUUUCUUUUCUUUGAUCAUUUACUUUGAGUAUUGGGUCUUCAUCUUGCGGGUUAUUAAGCUCGCGCGUCCUUUGGAGGUGACAGGUUCUUUCCCUCGUGGAUUUUUGGGUGAUUCUGCUGGAGAUGGAGAUGAAUAUGGAGACGGCUCGCCCAGAGUUGGAAUGGAGGAGCAAAAGGACUCGGACCUAGGUUCGUUUGCACACCAACCACGGUUUCGUUUUCGUUUGCAAAAUAUCUCUCUCAAGUGGGCAUCGCAAGUGGUAAAAGAAAAUGGUGUGUAUUCAUAGUAACAAAGAAAUUCCUGCCCGUUGGUAUAUAGAGGCUGAGAAAUCAAAACGUAAAGGUUGAGAGAUACUGCUUGUUGGGAACCAGAGAGAAAGAGGAAGAGAGACAUGGAGUUGUUGAGUUGUCUGCUGUGUUUUCUUGCUGCUUGGACUUCAAUUUACAUCAUGUUUUCAGCCAGAAGAGGAAGAAAGCAUGCUGCUCACAAACUUCCUCCAGGACCAGUUCCGCUUCCCAUAAUAGGAAGCCUCUUAAACCUGGGUAACAGACCCCAUGAGUCCCUCGCCAAUCUUGCAAAAACUUACGGCCCAAUUAUGACUCUCAAACUUGGCUAUGUAACCACAAUAGUCAUCUCUUCUGCCCCCAUGGCCAAAGAAGUCCUCCAAAAGCAGGAUCUCUCCUUCUGCAACCGAUCCAUCCCUGAUGCCAUCCGAGCCGCAAAACACAACCAACUGUCGAUGGCCUGGCUACCUGUUUCAACAACUUGGAGAGCCCUUCGAAGGACAUGCAAUUCGCACUUAUUCACUCCUCAAAAACUAGACUCUAACACCCAUCUCCGCCACCAGAAAGUGCAAGAGCUUCUUGCGAAUGUUGAACAGAGCUGCCAAGCUGGUGGUCCUGUAGAUAUAGGCCAAGAAGCUUUUAGAACUAGUCUCAACUUGUUAUCCAACACCAUAUUUUCUGUGGAUCUUGUUGAUCCAAUUUCUGAGACUGCACAAGAGUUUAAAGAGUUGGUGCGUGGUGUGAUGGAGGAAGCUGGGAAACCCAACUUGGUAGAUUAUUUUCCGGUGCUCAGACGGAUUGAUCCACAAAGUAUAAGGCGUCGUUUGACAAUUUAUUUUGGAAGGAUGAUUGAGAUCUUUGAUAGAAUGAUCAAGCAACGGUUACAGCUAAGAAAAAAUCAAGGUUCAAUAGCUAGCAGUGAUGUGUUAGACGUUCUUCUCAACAUCAGUGAAGAUAACAGCAGUGAGAUUGAAAGAAGUCAUAUGGAACAUUUGUUAUUGGACUUAUUUGCUGCGGGGACUGACACAACUUCGAGCACAUUGGAAUGGGCAAUGGCAGAGCUGCUACACAACCCUGAAACACUUUUGAAAGCCCGAAUGGAACUCCUGCAAACCAUCGGCCAAGACAAACAGGUAAAAGAAUCAGACAUCAGUCGACUCCCAUACUUGCAAGCAGUGGUGAAAGAGACCUUCCGAUUGCACCCAGCAGUUCCAUUUUUACUCCCACGCAGAGUUGAAGGGGACGCAGAUAUAGAUGGGUUCGCAGUCCCAAAGAACGCACAGGUGCUGGUGAACGCAUGGGCUAUAGGUCGAGACCCGAACACAUGGGAGAACCCCAACUCAUUUGUGCCAGAGAGGUUCUUGGGGUUGGACAUGGACGUGAAGGGCCAGAAUUUUGAGCUGAUUCCGUUUGGUGCUGGCAGGAGAAUCUGUCCUGGGCUGCCAUUGGCAAUCCGGAUGGUUCACUUGAUGCUGGCCUCGCUCAUUCACUCCUAUGAUUGGAAACUUGAAGAUGGGGUGACACCGGAAAACAUGAACAUGGAAGAAAGAUAUGGCAUUAGUUUACAAAAGGCUCAGCCCCUGCAAGCUCUACCUGUACGGGUUUGAAGUUGUUGAUUUUGUGUGCUGAAGUAAUGUGCUGAUUCUUGGUGUGCUCUGCUGUGUUAUCAUUAACUAGAAAUGUCAGUCCAGUUCUGUCAUAGUGUUAAAUAAACUCGGAAGUCUUUCUAAUUUCCACUUAAAUGGCUAUCAAAUAUGCAUGCAUCCAUGCAUAGCA